UUCUAUUUGUUUAUUGUAACAAGAUCUCGUCCAUUUACUAAAGCGGUGAGAAAAUGAGUUUUGAACAGAAACAAGAUAAUUCUAUUGAUGAUGAUGUUGAGAUAUUAGCUUUAGAGAAGCUCCUUGCAGCAGCUGAAGAUAAAGAAAAAGUGGAAAAGCAACAAGUCAUUGCUAAUUCACAACCAGUCUUAAGUGAAGACAGUUUUGGCGAAGCCUUUAGCUGUGAUAUAAAUCAGCCUAAUAUUAAAAAAUUGCCAACUGACAAUAUUAAGGAAAUUGAUUCAUCAGAUGAUGAAGCAAUCACAAAUUUUUUGGAACGGAAAUAUAAUGAAUACGGCAAUGAAAUAAAUAGGCGCUUAAAAGAGCAAACUAGAUCCGUUAAGGAGCGGGCAGUAGAAAGAGAUGUGAAUGCUGCUUUAGCUGACGAAGAUAUUUGCAGCGAAGAAAAUAAAAAUGAUCAUCAAAUGAUUGGUGCAAGGGUGCAUAUUAAAAAUCCUCAUCAACCCAUAAAAAGGCAAUCCUUGAUAAGUGACAGUUUUAAGAGAUUACCGGACACGAAGGUAAGGAAUGAACAAUCACUUACAGCAGCUCUGCCACAACAACAAGUUUUCGCUGAUCCUGUUUUUGGUUUGCGUAUAAUCAAACCUUUAGUAUCGAGCAAACUGUUGGUGGAACGUAUGGAGGGUCGUAAAGCCAUAUCAUUUGCUAGCGUUGCUUUUCAUACCCAACGUGGAGAUCUUUCUCAAGAUUGGGUAAUUGCCGGUGUGGUCAUACAUAAAAACCCAGUUAAAAUGACUAAAAAGCAGCAACCCUAUUCGAUUUGGCGCCUUUCCGAUUUAAAGGGAGAUAUUAAAACCAUAUCAUUGUUUCUUUUCAAAGGCGCUCAUAACGAACUCUGGAAAACGGCUGAGGGCGCUUGCAUUGCUAUUCUUAAUCCGAAAGUGUUCGAUAAUCGGGCUGAAAAUGGCGACGUGGCCUGUCUUACAAUUGAUGUGGCGCAAAAAGUAAUGAUUUUAGGACAAUCCAAAGACCUAGGUGCUUGUAAGGCGCGUAAGCGUAAUGGGGAUGUAUGCAAUGCUGUGGUCAAUUUAAGCGAAUGUGAUACCUGUGUUUUUCAUAUUAAACAAGAAUUCGGAAAAAUGUCGAAACGAUCUGAACUGCAGUCUGCUAAUGCUGGACGAGGUUUAAAUGAAUUACGUAAUAAAGUCUUAGGCAAAAGCGAAGUUUUUUAUGGAGGACAAUCGUUUAGUGCAGUACCUGCCAAGAAGAAUCCCAAGUUGGUUCAGAAAGAUAUGCAACGUUUGAGUACAUUGUCAGAAUACGCCGUCUCGCCUUUUGCUAGUUCGGUAAAUCAUACUGCAAAAGCGAAAAAUAGUGGAGUCGAUGUGCCGUACGUAGCGCGUACUGGACCAGUUUCUAAAGUGGCUGGAGAUAUAGGAACGACCCGUAAGCAACGGUUAAGAGAUUUAGAAAGACUUGAAAUGCUUGAGAAAUCUUCCGUAGCAGCAGAAGGAACGGCGUCAACGGCAGAAGCAGUAAUUACAACAGCACCAAAGCAGCAACCUAAUCCAAACACAAAUCUUGCUACUAAAACAGGAGUAAGAAAAACCAAAUUACCUUCUUCAGAGUCAGAAAAACUGGUCACUUCUCCAUCUCCUUUGAAUAGUCCUGCAGUUCCAGAUAAAUUUAAAAAUCGUGAAUUUUCAUUUUCCAACUGCUCGCCGCGGUUAUCAAGGGAGGAUUUUUGCAUUGAAGUCAACAUUGGUGAACGCAAAGCUCAAUUAGCCAAAAUGAAAGCAUUAGAGGUUUUGAAACAAAAGCCUAUCGAGAAAGUCGAUCCGAAUUGUAUUCGUGGCACGACGCAAGGUAAACGACGAGCCAUUGAUGAACUUAGUGAACGACUAAUGAGCAGUGACGCGAAACGAAAAAAGCUAGUCGAGGAACAACGCGAAAAUGAACGCAAAACACGCAUAGAGCGUAUUAUGGCGGCGAGUUCAUCGCAUAGUAAUCUGGUGGAUAUGCUUGAUCGAGAAGAGCAGGAGAAAUACUUUACCAAAUUGGAGAAAAAAGAAGCUUUGGAAGAGAAAAUGCUAAAUACUUACAAAGUACCUUGCAAGGCAGUUAUCUGUCAAUUGUGCAAAUACACGGCAUUUUCGGCGGCUGAACGUUGCAAAGAAGCAAAGCAUCCCUUGAAGGUCGUCGAUGCCGAAAAACGUUUCUUCGAAUGUCAAGAUUGCGGCAAUCGUACGGCUACAGUUUUCAAAUUGCCGAAAACGAGUUGUAAAAACUGUCAAGGAUCUCGCUGGAAGCGGGCAGCUAUGAUCCGUGAACGUAAGAUUGUAAAUGUCGGUUCAGAAAACUUAUCAUUACGUGGCGACGAAGAGCUAUUUAUUGGCAGCAUUACAGGCAAAGCUAAUCUCAAUCUUCUUGUGGCCGACUAAAAAUAUAAAAAACUAUACCAUAGCUUGCAUAAAUUUAAUUAUUGAUCAUUUAUUUAGCAGUAAAUGUUUACAUUUAAGUACAUUUUCUAAGAGAUUAUUUUAAAUUCUAUUUACAUCAAAUUUGUUGGAAUGAUUGCUUCAGAGAUGUUUCUAAUUAAUUACUUUAUAGUUCUUUUUUUUUUUUUUAAAUAUAUUUGGCAAGCGCUCGUCUUAGGCAAAUUUAAAUAGUAAUUGUUUUAUAAAAAGUUGCUUAAGAAGAAAAUACAAUGGCGGCAGAUAAUUUCUUAUAA